CCAGAUCUCUUCCAAAGGAGUGGCAGCUCCUUCCCUCUUGAUCUCUGCCUCCUUCCAGCUGCGCUCUCGCUCCUGUCUGUGCUCUGGUUGCUCCAGCAACCAUGAGUCGCCAAUUUAGUUCUCAGUCUGCAUUUAGCUCAAGGAGCAGGCGGGCCCAUAGUGCCAGGUCCUCCUCGGGCUUUGGUGGUGGUGGGAGUCGGACCGUGGGGUCUGUGAGUCAGGCCUGGGGCAGGGGUGGCGGUGGAGGCUAUGGGAGCCAUGGAAGGGGCUUUGGCUCGAGGAGCCUCUACAAUCUGGGUGGCAGUAAAAGCAUCUCCUUUAGCAUGGUGGGGAGGAGUGCCAGUGGCUUCUGCCAGGGUCGGGGAUCAGGAGGAGGAUUUGGAGGGGGCAGAAGCUUUGGGGGUGGUGGCUUUGGAAGUGGUGGCUAUGGAGGUGGUGGCUUUGGAGGUGGUGGCUUUGGGGGUGGCAGAUUUGGAGGUGGUGGCUAUGGAGGAGGUAGUUUUGGGGGUGCUGGGUUUGGGGCUAGCAAUUUUGGGCUUGGGGGCUUUGGUCCUUCUUAUCCACCAGGGAGCAUCCAAGAGGUGACCAUUAACCAGAGCCUUCUAGAGCCACUUCACCUAGAGGUGGACCCUGAAAUUCAGAGGAUCAAGACCCAGGAGCGGGAGCAAAUCAAGAUUCUCAACAACAGAUUUGCCUCCUUCAUUGAUAGGGUGCGAUUCCUUGAGCAGCAGAACCAGGUGCUACAAACAAAAUGGGAGCUACUGCAGCAGGUGAACACCUCGACGCGGAGUAACAACCUGGAGCCUGUCUUGGAGAGCUAUAUUAGUGAGCUGAGGAGGCAGGUGGAUUUUCUCAAUUCGGAGCAGAUGCGCAAGAACACGGAGAUCAGGGGCAUUCAGGAUGUCGUGGAGGACUACAAGAACAAGUAUGAGGAAGAAAUCAACAAAAGGACCAGCACUGAGAAUGACUUUGUGGUUCUGAAGAAGGAUGUGGAUGCUGCUUUCAUGGGCAAAGUGGGUCUGCAGUCCAAAGCAGACACUCUGCUUGGGGAGAUCAAUUUCCUGAAAUAUUUAUUUGACACAGAGCUGUCCCAGAUGCAGACCCACAUCAGUGACACCAAUGUCAUCCUGUCCAUGGACAAUAACCGCUCCCUGGACCUGGACAGCAUCAUUGAUGCAGUGCGGGCUCAGUAUGAGCUGAUUGCACAGAGGAGCAAGGAUGAAGCCGAGGCGCUGUACCAGACCAAGUACCAGGAGCUCCAGAUCACAGCAGGGAGACAUGGAGAUGACCUGAAGAAUAGCAAGAUGGAGAUUGUUGAGCUCAACCGCACCAUCCAGAGGCUGCAGGCAGAGAUUGGCAAUGUCAAGAAACAGAUUGAACAGAUGCACUCAUCCAUUUCGGAUGCAGAGGAGAGAGGAGAGCGAGCUCUCCAAGAUGCCAAGCAGAAGCUGCAGGACAUGGAUGAGGCCCUGCAGCAGUCCAGGGAGGAGCUGGCCCGGCUGCUGCGUGACUACCAGGCACUGCUGGGAGCCAAGCUGUCCCUGGAUGUUGAGAUUGCCACCUACCGCAAGCUGCUGGAGGGAGAGGAGAGCAGGAUGUCAGGAGAGCUGCAGAGCCAUGUGAGCAUCUCGGUGCAGAGUAGCCAGGUAUCCAUGGGCGGUGGCUACAGUGGCGGAGGCGGAGGCUACAGUGGCGGCGGCGGAGGCUACAGCAGCGGCGGCGGAGGCUACAGCAGCGGAGGCUACAGUGGUGGAGGUGGAGGCUACAGCGGCGGCGGCGGCGGCUACAGUGGCGGCGGCUACAGUGGUGGAGGUGGCGCCUACAGUGGCGGUGGCGGCGGCGGCAGCAGCAGCAGCUCCCGCGGGGGCGGGGGAAGUUACGGAGGAGGGCGCGCCAGAGGCGGCAGUGGAGGCGGCUAUGGGAGUGGCGGCGGCGGGAGCUAUGGAGGAAGCAGUAAAAGCAGCAGCAAAUACGGUGGCGGCUCCUCGCGCGUGCAGAUCAUCCAAACCUCCACCAACACCUCCCGCAAGCGAAUCGUGGAGUAGGGGCAGAGCAGCGCCUCUCAGGGCUCACACACAGGAUGCGCCCCCUGGCUCUUCUCCUGUCGCCUCCCCGCUAUUCCCUUCCUGACUCCCUCUCACUUAGCUUUUCCUGAUGGGUCUCAGCAGUUUUGCUAAUAAAUUCCACUCUAGGCGAGGAAGCAGGGUGGAUAAGCACAAAUAGCAGCUCUGUCUUUGGAGGGCACUGGCUUGUGGUCAAAGGCAGUUACACUCUCACUCGGGAUCCCCUGUCUGACCCUGCUCCUUACCCUGGGGACACUACAUAGUUGAUGGACAGGAAAGUCGCAGAGCUUCUGCAAGGUGGAUGAUUGAGAGUACCUCAGGUUUACCAAGCAUCUCAACCCCAGGCUUCCUUUCUUGUACCUUGGCAGCUGCAUGAUCCACAGUCCAUCCCUCAGGUUGCUCACAAAAUGAUCCCUAUGGGCAAGUAGCUGGCUUGGUAAGAGGAAACUACCAGGGGUCAGUUCCUGAUUCUUUGUAACCUCAUACUUUGACCUUGAUGGUUGAUGUACUGACUAUCUGAGAUGCCUGUAGGUCAUGCCUGUCCUGAUUCUGAAUCUCUAUGUUGAGAAGCAUUAUCCCUCUGGUUUACAGCCCCCUGUGGGAGUAUGUCAAACCCCCUGUUUUUGUCUAAAGGGAGGAUUGUUCUUAGCAGUGAAUGGAGGUAUGACGGACAGAUGAUCGAGUUCUGUUUCUGUCCUGCCCUCCAGACAGCUCCAUCUUUGGAAGAUUGCCCCUUCCUGCACUCUGCUCCAUUAUGGGUCUGCAGAGAGUUGCCUAGUGGGCUGGGCAUCUGCAGCCCUGUUCUGAUCCACCCAGGGUGCCCAGGGCUUGAAGCCUGAGGACUGUGAGGAUCUGACUUGGGAUGGUUCCAGUCCUGAGCCAGUCUGGAAGCUGCCUGUUUUUGUCCCAGGCAGUUAAUGCCCUUUUCCAGACCUCACAAGUCCCUUUUCACUUCUGUUCUCUUUGAGCACUUUGUGAGACUUUGACUUCUACUUUAGGGUCUUAUAAAAGGUGCUUGAGACAUGCUGGAGGGGUCUGGCAGGGGAAAAUGUCAGCCAACAUGUGGCUUGAGAGGGGGAGUGUGGCUUUGCUUCUAGGAUCUGGAGUCCCCUUCACUGGCUUCCUGAGUCUCGACACCAACCUCCACAUCCGUGAUUCUGUUGGGGCAUCUGAGGGGCUCUGUGGGGGGUCCCUUGGGAAGUACCUUUGACUUCAUCAUUUCCUGGUUGAAAGGUGUACCUUGAAGGGCUUGGCAUUUCCAGUCUUUCUAAAAUAAAUUUUUCUGUGGUCUCAAA